AUGAGCAUUUGGCAAAUGAUACAAUUUGUGAAUAAAGGUAAAGACAGUUAUACCAGCAGAGUUGUUUCCAACGGACUAAAGGCACAAAUUAAUAAUCCAGAACUGAAAGUCAAAGGAUUGGACCCACUCAUCAACAAUUUAAUUGAUAAACUUAAGCACUUCAAUCAACUGGAUGCCGAGAAGGCAAAGUCGAAGCUGGAGCGAUGGGGUCCCCGAGAUGCUGGCAGUGGGGAUGGAAGGAGUGAGGAGACGGAGUCAAGUGGAGAUUGUGAUGAUGAGGAUGGCUGCCAAGGAUCCGGGGACAGGAUGCACACAGCAGAUGUACUCAAGGACAAGAAAACCCAUCCAGAAAACAGAAACGAACUAAAACCAACAGUGAAAAAGAUUGACACCACAACCACCACAAGCAUUGUCAAGUCAUCCUCCAAACACAGUGUAACUGGAAAUGGGAGCAGCCCAGCCCUGAGUCCCUCCCUCGCUGUUCUGGCAGCACUGGCAGCUCUGUGGCUCUGUCCCCUGUAGCUGCAUUGCCCUGCAGAUGCUGUGCUAGUGCUCCUGUUCACUGUCAUUGAUACCUGCAGCCUUACCUGGCGGGAAACAAAUGGAAAUGGCUCUCUAGUUGAUGUGAUUUGUUAGGAUAAAUAAGAAGUGAAAUGCUGGAGUUGGCAGAUACCAAGUGUCAUCACUUAAAAUGUCUGAAGAUAGCCUUUGGCAAAGCCCACCCAAGGUACAGCGAGGAUGAUCACAAGGGUCUGAGUAGCUUAAGUUAUGGGGUAGAAAUAACUGAAAACACAGAAAUUGUGAAUGUGUGCGUUACUGUUUUUAUCGAUUUCGUUCGCUAGACUCUGACUGGCUGUUUUUUGUUUAAUUUUUCUGGUAAGUUAUAUGAGUGGUCAGUCUUCAAAUUCAAGGCAAUCCAUACUUUGUUUUUUUAGUGAACAGCUAACAAGCUGUGCUACAGUUCAUAGAAUCCCAGAAUGUUAUGGGGCUGGGAUGGACCUUAAAGAUCAGCGAGUGCCAGCCCCGGUACCAGGUUGCUCCCCGUACGGUGAAGAGCUCUCUACCAGCUUGGUGAAAUUCCUAAAUGGUCAAGAAGAUCAAAGCAUGUUUGAAACUUCUUUUCACUCUUACUGUUUAGAUUGUAGGAAGCGACAUAAAAACAUAUGGUGUGUCUAAUAUAUCAGUAUAGUUGCCUUAACUGUGGAAAAAAAUAGAACCACUUUGUUUACUGAGGGACAUAGAUAGUGAGUUUCCCUGCCCCACAAAAUGUCAUUACCAGAUGCUUAAGCAUAUGCUCAAGGCUUAUUGGAUGAAUGUCCAGCAAAGGGAAACAUAAAUAAACAUAAAAAUGUUUUAUCCACUUGAAUGCAGCUCUGUACAGAAAAGGAAAAAGAAAAAAAAUUCAGUUCAAACUUACUUUGCCUAUGAGAUGUUACAUAGAAACCAACUUAAGUUUUCCAUAAAGAUCCCAGAGAUAUAAAUUAUUGGGAAUUCCCAUUAGACACUAACUAGAUUUUGUGUAUUAUGGAUCUCUGAAAUGAACUGUUUCAUAAACUGUGUAUUAUUUAAUUACAUUUACUGUUUAAAAUUUUUGUAUCACAUUAGGUGUAAAUGUAAAACAUUCUGAAAUCUAGAACAUUCUCUGUUAUGCUUCAUCUUGAUUGCUACCCUAGAAAAUGUCAAAUGUGCAUUAUAUUACAAGGCUAUUUUUUUUAAGUCAAUGAUACAUUGAUGCAUUUUAACUUUUUGGAUGAAAAAGUACUAUAAUAACUUCUAAUGGGUUAAGAGUUAAUGUGUGUUUUCCAACAACUGUUUACAGUGCCAUUGAAUAUAUGUAUACAAACACAACUGUAUUAAUACAGUGAUUAAUAUGAUAAAUAUAUGAAACAUUAGAAUUAUUACAUAACUGUUACAACGUUUAAUGGCCAUUUUCAUGUUGUAGACUAUUCUUAUGUACAGUUUUGUAAGAUUUAAUGUAAAACACUUGCCUUUGGCUUUUUGUAAGACAUCUCUUUGAUAGUUGGCGUUACCCAGUCACUGAGAUUACUCAGAGGAGGAGCCCUGGAUCUCACUAACCAGCUUCAGGCAUUUUAUUGGCACCUUUGAUUCUAGAAGCCUGACUCAAAGAAGGUGCCAUGGGCCAGGAUUACUGCUGGGUGUCACCACACAGGAGGUGACAAUAGUACAGAACAAGCACACAGUAAGUCAACAAAGCUCACUACGCUCACACAUUUCCAGACAGCAUCAGUGAACAUGUCUAAUUAUGUUUGCAAACGUGGGGCUUGAGUUUCAUUUCCAGAUUUGGUUCCGAGAUCAUAUUUAUGACAUAAAGGUAUGAUCAGAGCCAUGGAUGCACCCAGCUGCAAAGGCAGCGUCUCUGAAGUGGCAGCAGCUAAAUUUUCUAAAAGAUAAUUUGAUUUUAGUGUUACAGAGGUAAAAUGGAGAAGAUAUUUACAUUAAAUAUUUUAUAUUUUAACUCUGAUUUUUUCACAAUGGUAAGGAUAUUAGUAUCACUAAGGAGUGCUUCCCAGUCCAAUCAGUGAAAAUCAGUUUUCCCAAACGUAUUGAAACGGCUGUCCUGUGUUUUCCAGGGUUUGUGAGCUGCACCAAUCUAUGGAACAUUAAUUAAAAAUGCUGGUUUUUGUAUUCAUUUCUGGUGCCCUUUGGAAAAGUGCUGUUUUACCUGCAGAGGCGUGCAGGUCCCAUCGUUUGUGCAGUGGAAGGACUCUGUAAUGCCUGUCAGAAUCCUGCACUGUGGUGCUGAGUGAGACAGGAGCUGUGUGUGCACACAGAGAUGGACCUGGCUGCUCACACUCAGCACCCGCCCCCAGCUCACACCAAGCACUGUGGCCUCACUGCAGCAAUUCCAGCCCCAUUUGGUGUCCUCACACUUAGAGUGCUCAGUCAUCCUUCAGGCCCUGAAAGUGUCAGUCAGAAUUCCUAUGGAUAGGAGUUUCAGGGCUGGGCUCCAAUCCUGGCAGAUGUCAGCUGUGCAGUUUGGAGUUCCCAGGUUUUCCUCACCUGCAGAGAGGGAACUCGAAGAGCCAGAGCCAGGUGUGUGUGUCUGAGGUCUGUUCUGGAAAAGGUUUCAGCGGCGAUCCCACCAGCCACGUGUUCAGCAGAAGGCCCCCAGGAGCAAAUAUGUGAUAAUUCACUCAGGGGGUUAUUUGUUGUUGCUAAAUGUCAUCAUUUGGCUAAACAGAAACCUCUGAAAAAUCAAGGGUUUGGAUUUGGGGAUUGGUUGGCAAAUGUGUGUAUUCAACAAGUAAACCCUUUAAAAGUUUCUAUAACAAAACACAACAAGUUCAACUCAUGGGAUGAGAUAGAAUCAACUCAUUUCCUUGGACUCAAACAAUAUUUUUUUAGGCACAACUUGAUGCAGAAUGAGGGAAGAGGGCUCUACAUCACUUAAUACAUUUCAUGCAAAAACACUUCUACACUGUAAGAAGAGUACUGGUCAAACCAGCAUGAAAUAUGUUCACAGUGAGCAUCAAAAAUGGUGCCAUUUUAAAGGGCAGUGCAGUUUCUUUUUACUAGUGGUUUAUGAUUAUUUUUCUCCCUCAAGAUCAGUUGCAUUUACAUAUUUCAAAAAGAAUGUUUUCCAUCCAACAAACCAUCUAUACCAGCAUAAGCAAAACCAACUGGCUGUGUCAGAUAAAGGAAGCAUUCAUUUUCAGAUGAAUAAGAUACCUGCUUUACAAAGUCUUAGUUUGUUACCCAGGACACUGUAAUUAUGAUGUAAUUACAAAGGUCUAAAUUCAAAAUACUUUUGAACUUGUAUAUGUAAUCUCAGUGUAAAAUAAGGUACCAGUCUAAGAACAUUGCUAUAGCCUUGCCUAACAGUUAUGAAUUGUAUUUAGCCACUGCUUUCUGAUUGUUUAUUGUUUUACUAUGACUUUCUUUGAAUAUUUUGCUGUGCCCACAUUUGUGAAUGCCAGCGUUGGAAAAUAACUGCUGUCAUACAUUUGUGAGUAAAAUCAAUGUACAAUUUUC